AUGGGAGAGGUAUAUCGUGAGCUUGAUAGCGGCCAAAAGUUCCUGUUGAGAGCUGGGGAUCACAUCGUUCAGCGGACAACUAUGCACAGGUGGAUCAACGCCUCUAAGACGCAUCGUGCUCGUGUAAUCACAGUCCUUCUUACAUGCGACCCAUUCAAAGUCAAUGGCCAAUACGUAACAGAGGAGCAUAGGUCUAAUUGA